CGUAAAGGCAGACGGUUGUGCGCGAUUCAUAUAGUAUAUUCGUAUGUAUAUAUGGACGAUAUUUACAAAUAUCAUGUGUUUGAAUAUUAUUUAGUGUUGUGUAAAAACAUAAACAACUAAAUUAGUUUAUACAAGUAAAUAAUAGUGUUGGAGGUAUUAAACAAAAAUUAUGGCUAGCAGUACGGAAGAAGUGAAUAUGGACUUGAACGGCAAGAAUAUUGUUUAUAUUGGUGGUUUUGGUGGCAUCGGUUUGGAAACAUGUAAAGAAUUGGUACAAAAUGGUGUUGCGAAUCUUAUGAUACUACACAAGGCCUGGAAUGAAUCAGCGUUCAAAGAACUUAGCUCAGUCGAUUCGCGUUGUGUGUGCAAGUUUACGGAGUUUGACAUCACUUGCGGUUUGGAAAAGACGCGUCUACUGUUCAAACAAAUAGUGGAGAAACUCGGAAGCAUCGAUAUGCUAAUUAAUGGCGCGGGUAUAUGUACUGAAAAAGAUUUCGAUAAUUUAAUCGCUGUCAAUUUUACGGGCACUGUUAAUGCCACUCUCGUUGCCUACGAUCUAAUGGAUAAGAGCAGAGACGGUAAAGGAGGUGUAGUUGUGAACAUCUCGUCGGUAGCGGCACUAACACCCUUUCCCGUCUUACCAAUAUAUAGCGCGACAAAGGGAGGGAUUUUGAACUUUACACGAGCAUUAGCGCAAUUAGAACCCAAAUCCGGCAUAACUUUAUAUAGUAUUUGUCCCGGCAUUACGGACACUAAACAUUGGGACAAUGUGCACCAUUUCCAAGGCAGAGAGUUGUGUUUUAAAGAGAAAAUGCGCGGUCGUCCGUGUCCAAUACAAACAGCUAACCAAUGUGCAAAGAAUAUAGUCAAAGCUAUAGAAGCGCAUAAAAAUGGGGCUACGUGGAUGUGUGAUGUGGGGCAGCUUAAAUUGGUGGAAGUAAAAAAUUUUUGGACACCACCACAUCAGAGACAAGACCCGGAAACAGAGCAAAGUUAGAAAAAUGCAAAGAAGUAUCUGUAAAAUCCAGAAAGCGAAAGCUGCAAUUCUCGGCGCGCGGAAUGUGAUACAUACAGCUGAUAUUGCAGUUUAGAAGCACGACUCUUGAGAGCAAACUAAGGGACGCAGCGCCCUACAACUCAUAGACUGAAGAUUUAAAUAUACAUAUUGAUAUAUAGUAAAUAGUACAUAUAUUUGUAAGUAAGGAGUACCUUAUUUCUAGACUAUAAGAAUUUAAUAAAAAGUUUUAGACAUAUUGUA